AUGGUAAAUGCAUACAGAACGAAUUGGUCAAGGAGUCUUGAUGAUGCUCUUUGGUCCUACCGGACUGCAUACAAGACCCCCAUAGUGGAGCAGAGACUUAAAUGGUUGUAUGAGCUUGAUGAGUUUCACCUAGAAGCAUAUGAAAGUUCAGCCAUCUACAAAGGGAAGAUGAAGAAGUACCAUGACCAAAAGAUUAAAAAGCGAGAAUUUGCGGUUGGGGAUUUGGUGCUUCUAUUCAACUCUAGGCUACGCUUGUUUCUGGGAAAACUCAAGUCCAAGUGGACAGGGCCAUUCCUUAUUAUUGAAGUAUUCCCACAUGGAGCGGUUGAGUUGGAAAACUAG